AUGUCUGCCUACGGGAAGCCGCAACCACCACAGCUUCAUGGCUACGAAACUUCUCGAUCAUAUCCAGAGAAUGCAUUUCCAUACCAAACCUCUUCAUAUGGAACGCAAUCUUCAAUUCCAACAUCUACUCCGGCACCAGUUUACCAUAAUGCCGGGCAGAUGACUUCACUAGGUUAUGGAUCGGGUAGCACACGUACUACUUACGAUGAGCAAUCGGGACCUUACUUGAAUGUUGGGUCUACGCCGAUACCCGAAGUUACAUCUUUCUCGCCCCAGCGGGGAAGUCAGGGUACUCCAGUGAGCGUCUACAUAACUACUUUGUACGAGUUAUUAACCUCGAACUCGCCGACCUUUUAUUUGGUGUUUGGACAACAAAAAUGCCAGGCCUCAGUAAGAAAAAUGAAUCAGUCGGGAGGGGUUUGCACUUAUAUCUUGGCCUGUGAAGUUCCUCAAUUCGCAUCUACAAAUUGGUCUUCUUCUAGAGUACCAGUAUCAAUGUUCAUGGAAGGUGAUGGAGAUGUUAUUUCCAAGGUCGAUGUCGGGGAUUUCACUUUCGAAAGUGAUGUACACUCACUCGAGGGAACUAGGAAGCGGAAAAUCUCGACUGAAUCUGCGGAAUUGAUGAGGAGUCCACCCAAACGAAACUCCCAACAGCUGAAGCCAAAGGAGGAAUUCCCUUAUGCAUUCUCUUCAAGUGAUGGCUCGCCAUCCUCAUACUCACCAUACCUUCAAGCAAGUUCUGCCUACAGUGGCAUGAUGCCUCAGUACAAUAGAUCCGGUGCCUACUCAACCCAGUCAGCGCCUAGAAAUAUGGGUUAUGGAUAUGGAAGUUCUUCAACAGCGUCGCCACCCACCCUGAAAGCUCAUUCUCCGCACGUAUCUAGUUGGAACUCUGGCUACGCGACGAUCGGUUCAAGUAUGGCGCGAAGCCCUGGAUUGCCAUCCAACUCGAUGCAUCGAUCAAACAUGUCAUCCUUGCCGUCUCCCGGCAACCCAGCCUUGAUCAGAACUUCGACUUUGCAAUCUUCAAGUCCGGGUGCCACACCUCAUGCAGGUCACACGUACAAUCCUUACCCAAUGUACGCAAAUAAGGCGAAAUUGGAGAUUAGCGGAGAAUUGGGUGAUAUGAUGGUAAACAAUUGGACUGCAGAAGAAUGGGAAUCAAAGAGGCGGCUUGUUCAAUUCAAACGAUCACAAUCUGGUUGCACGAUCACGACAACUUUCAACGCUAUUUCAGCCGAUGAACGACCACCUCAAUCGGUUGUAAUCAGCUGCAUAUACUGGGAAGAAAAGAAUGAUUGUUAUGUCACAAGCGUGGAUACUAUUACUCUACUGGAAUCACUAGUCGCAGCAAAGUUUACCGUGGAAGAAAAGAACAGGAUACGGAGAAAUCUGGAAGGUUUCCGACCCGCAACUGUGUCCAAAGGAAAGCCUGACAGCGAGGAAUUUUUCAAAGUCAUCAUGGCGUUUCCUAAUCCUAAACCUCGUAACAUUGAAAAGGAUGUCAAGGUCUUCCACUGGAAGGAUUUAGGUCCAGCUUUGAAGAAAAUUAUCAGCAAAUAUUCCGCCAGUCCUGCUUCAACUCUUCCACCCACACAUGCUCCUGCCCUUCUGACACCUGUCAGCUCCACUGGUUACGCUACGGAAGCUUCCUCUGCAGGCUUACCGUACGCAAGUGAUCAUCAUGGAGGAAUCUCACCCCGAUCAAUAUCAGGAUCAACAACUUCUACAUCUUACAAUUCCAACAUUCCCGCGCAAAGAGCAAUUUCACCGCAAAGUCAAAAAUCGAUAGGUUAUCAGGGUGGCCCCCCUGAUCUAAGGAUUGCAGGUGCACAAGAAUCGAGUCAUUGGCCACAAGGAACUGCACAUCACAUGCCUACACCACAACAACAAUAUCAAGCACAACUUGGAAAUGCGGCAGCCGUAGCAGCAAGCGCUAGAGGCUCAUGGGACUUAUCGAAUUAUCUUGAAAAUAGUUCCGCGACUGCCGCCGGCACUUCGGGUACAGGGGUUGAUUAUCAAGGUCAAGGUCAACAACAUCAGACGCCGAGAAACGUUGUAGAUGCUUCAAUGGCUGGCGGGGGUAGUGGAAAUCGCGCUUUGUCUUCGCUUCAACAUCAACAGCAGAGUCAGCAGAUACCGCGUACUUGA